AUUCUCAUCCCAGGCUGGGCAAGCUGUGAGCCGUGCGCGAGUCGCCCCGCGGGUGAAUCACACUCUUACAAAAGCUCUGUCUAGAGCGCUGUUGGCUGUCGCCAACGCGCACGCAUCAUGGUGCGCUGCAGCAGCCUCUUGGUAGCACUCUGCCUAGUUGACACAGUUACCCCCUGGGCGCCGCACGCGGCCCAAAGGUGGGCGCGGCACAGCGCAAGGAGCGCCAACCCUCAAGACGUCGAAACAGCAAGGAGCGCCGACAUCGUCGCCGUCGCGGAGUCCUUCGGCGUCGACGUCAAUUCCAGGAACAAGGCGUGCUGCCCGUUCCACGACGAGCGCACGCCGUCCUUCACGCUGAAUCCCGACAAGGGCCUCUACAAGUGUUUUGGGUGCGGCGCCGGCGGCGACGUCAUCAAACUUUAUAGGGAAUUGGCGAACGCGACGUUCGCCGAAGCUGUUGAAGCGUUGGUAAAAGAGGACCGGCCCAAAACGAGGCGCGUCGCUGAGGUGAAGGAGGUCGACGCGUCGGAGCGUAUCCAACUGAAGCAGGCGAACGCCGUCGCGCAGGAGGUCUAUGCCGAGGCGCUGAGACAUCAAACGUCGGGCGGCGCGCGGCAAUAUCUAAGGAAGCGGGGCAUCAAUCCAAAAACGGCGGCGGCCUUCGGCCUGGGCUUCGCGCGGCCGGGCACGGCUCGUUCUCUCACGAAGGAUAUGGAUAAGAGCGCGUUCGUCGCCGCGGGCGUGUUAUAUCAGGACGGCCGCGCACGUUUUGGGUCCAAAGUCACCUUUCCGAUUAGGGAUGCGUGCGGCGACACGCUGGGCUUCGGGUCGCGCGCGCUGAAGAUCAGAAAGGACGAGGCGAAGUACGUGAACAGCCCCGCGUCCGCGGUCUUCAGCAAGGGCUCGUGCUUGUUUGGUUUGGACGUGGCCAAGGACGCGAUCCACGCGACGGACGAAGCCUUGCUCGUGGAGGGCUACUUCGACGUGCUCGCGUUACACGAUGCGGGUUGCGCGAACGCCGUGGGCGUGCUGGGCGUGGGCGUGACGCCGCGGCAGCUCGAGACGGCGGCGCGCUUCUCGCCGUCGCGGCGCGUCGUCCUGGCGCUGGACGCCGACGCGGCGGGCGACGCGGCCGUGCGGCGGCUUUGUGAUGAUGUGCUGCCGACGCUCGCGGACGAGUCGGGCGUGGACGUGGUGGUCAUGCGCUGGCCGGACGGCGCCAAGGACGCGGCGGACUUUGUGGCGGGGCGGCGCGAGCAGGGCGAGACGGACGCGGCCAUCGCGUCUGCGGUGCGCGACCUCUGCGCGGCGGCGACGGCCUGGAACGACGUGGACGUCUGCGACAUCCCCAUCAACGAGGCCGACGCGGCGUCCUCGUCCUCCUCCGCGCCGCCCGACGAUCCGCCGCCGGACGACUCUCAGGACGAACUACGCAAAAAGAUCGACGAGCUCCAGAAACAGCUCGCGGAGUUGUCGGCGCAAGUUGCUUCUUCCUAAU